UCGCUCCGAUGGCGCCGGCCGCGCGGCCUGGCGCGGGCGCUGUGGCGGGGCUGCAACGCGCUCAUGGCCGCCUUCUUCGCGCUGGCGGCCGCGUGCAGGUGGUGUACACGAUACCCGCGGUGUUGACUCUGCUUGUUGGAUUUAACCCUCUUGUCACAGGUAACAGCGUCUGGAGGGGCGUCUCUGCGGUGCACACGUUCCUCUGUGUGGCCUGGGCCGUGGGCCUGGCCUACCACCUCUUGCUUCAUACACAGCAGAGCAUCCUGCACGAGGAAGAAGGCAGGGAGCUCUCUGGUCUGGUGAUUAUCACAGCAUGGAUGAGCCUGUGCCGCAGUUCAUCAAAGAAUCCAGUUGCUGGAAGAAUUCAGUUGGCUAUUGGCAUUGUAAUCGCUCUUUUCCCGUUAAUCUCAUGGGUCUACAUAUACAUAAACAAGGAAAUGCGGUCCUCCUGGCCAACUCACUGCAAGACAGUAAUUUAAAUGACUUCAAAAUUCCUGUUUUUAAAAU